UCGUCUUCUCAUUCGGAGGUUUUUGAUUGAAUCAUUCCGCAUCCUAUCGAUCAUCAUCAGUAAUAUCCGAUUCUGGCUUCUUUUCUGUUCUUUGCCUUCUCUUCCUCUACACUUUCUUUCUUUUUUUGGGUCUUUUUUUUUUUUUUUUUUUUUGGGGAUACCUAUUCGUAUCUAUCUCAACGGUUUUGAUUACAAGACAACAAAGAUUAUUCUGACUUCUUGACUGGUCAUUGAAUCAAACAUGUCCGGGGUAUCUCUAGCCGUAGCUCCACAAAUGGAGCCCGACCACACCGCCACCGACACACCCUCCGGUAAGCCACCACUUCACAAACCAACGCCAACCAACCAUCAACAACAGAACCAGUCGGCGGUCGGGGGCGUAAUGGGUUCAUUGCGGGUAAUAGAGCUUCAGCUGGUGGCAUUCAUAAUGGUUUUCUCAGCCAGUGGUCUGGUCCCACUUCUGGACUUAGUCUUCCCAGCUUUCACGUCGGCUUAUCUUCUUGCUCUGUCUCGGCUGGCUUUCCCUGCCCAUGGAAGUGUAAGAUCUCGGUCGCCGGAGAUCUUCCAAGGAAGCAAAUUGUUCAGGGUGUACGUGGUGGUUGGGACUACGGUGGGGCUGUUCUUGCCUCUUGCUUACGUGUUGGGUGGGUUCGCGAGAGGCGAUGAACAUGCCGUUCGAUCGGCGACUCCACACUUGUUCUUGCUUUCAUUUCAGAUUUUGACUGAGAAUAUAAUAAGUGGGCUGUCUCUGUUUUCGCCACCUGUGAGAGCUUUAGUCCCGUUGCUUUAUACAGUCCGAAGGAUCUUCGUUAUCAUCGACUGGAUUCAAGACGUCUGGAUUAACAAAACUCUCCCUGCAAAUGCACAAGUCAAAGACGUUGCGUGGUAUUGGUUUGGGAAGAGCUUGGCUAUAGCAAAUCUGGUGUAUUUUUCGAUUAAUCUGUUUUGCUUUUUAAUUCCUCGAUUCCUUCCGAGGGCCUUCGAGAGGUAUUUCAGGGAGAGAGAUGAAAUUCAUGCCAAAACGGUAGAGGAUAAGCGGUCUGCAGCCAUAAAGAAAUCCCAAACAGCGGAUAAGAAAUCUGAUUGAAUUAUGCAGAAAUGUGUUACGUAGAAAACUGUUUAACCAUGUUUUGGAACCACUUUUGUUCUAGUACGAUUCCACUCCCAUCUAAGUAACAAUCUGUUUGUUGUAGCAGCUCUUGGAAGCGAGUAUAUCAUACUCCUGUUUUUACUUGA